AUGGCGACAAGCGAUCUCGAUAACGACAGACCGGGUCUCUUCCUCACGGACACCAUCAGAGAGCGGGAGCAAUUGAUGGGGAAGCCUGUCUACAAUGGGGAGCUCAUCUACAACGUGAACAUAGAUGAGCUUCCGGACAAACCGUGGCGCAGCAGAGACUGCACUCCGGCGAAGCUUUCUCAGUAUUUCAACUAUGGGUUCGAUGAAGCCACCUGGCGCCUCUAUUGUAAGCUACGCAAGGAAGAGGAGGAGAAGCGCUCUAAGUGA